AUGUUAUUGGGAACAACUGUCCCCUACUUAAUCCACUUGCCUUUGCCCCCGACUAUGAUCACAUUCGUGAAAAAAGGCACCGCUGUCACACAGAGUUUUUCUCAGUUCACUUCGCCUCCGUUCGACGUAAUCUCUCCAUUUUCCUCCUCCAAGGACCGCCUCUCGCCUGGUGUUGUGUCGAGCUUUUCUUCGGCCUCAGGUCGUGAGAAAAGCUCCUCCAAAUCCGUAGUCUUCGUUAUCAUUCGUCACUGCUUUUCGUCUCUCGAUGGUGUCUUUUAUGUCUUCUCGCUGGCCUCUUGUCUCUCCUCGUUGUCACUCAUGAGGCCUCACUGCAUCGUCAACGCUCCAUACUCUUGCUUCACCGUCUCUUGCCGCGGAUUCCAGUUGAUAUGUUCCAUAUUUUACCCAUUUUAUUAUCUAUUUUACUAUGUUUUCUAUGCGUUUAUCUACGGUAUUACGCAUUUAGAGGUAGUUUUUUCGUAUUUGUAG